GUGAAAACUGGGAACUUUGUGUUAUUGAUUGCAGCCGGCACAUUUUCGGCAUUUCAUCACAUUUCUACUAUCGUAAAACUUUAACAUAGAGUAAUUAACGAAGGUACUAAUAAGAAACGAGAAAACAUCGCGUAAUCAGCAAUGGAUUCGCCAUCUACAUCUUCCGCGCAGAACGAAAAAGAACAGCCUGAAAAAUCGAUCGAAGACGAUGCUAUAAAAAACUGGACUCAAAAAGAAAGAUUUCACCUCCUUCAAGGAAUAAAAGAGUGCGGCCGACGAGACAUCGAGAAAAUACAAGAAUACGUUGUAACUAAGACUUGUGAAGAAACAAAAAUCGCGGUUGAAUAUUUCACGAAAAAAGCGUUAGAACAUCCUCUAUUCGUAGAAAAACAGCAAGAAGCCAAGCAGAAACCUGCUAAAAAGCAUCAAGCGCCACUAACCGGAUGGGUAAAACUGUUAACAGACUCUUUAAAUAUCAAUGAACUUAGUACUGAGACUGCGACAGCCGUCCGGAUGAUCGCAGAUUUAGAAAACUUCCCAGCACCAGAAUGCACUGACAAUAUCGACUUUAGACAGGUUUAUCAUCAAAUUGCCAACGCUAUGGAGGGAAAACCAGUCAAUCUCGAUUUAGCAACCAGUGCUGUACUGCGCAAAUGUUUUAUUGAAACUGCAUUGUCAAGCAAGGCGUUUAUUAAAACUGCGGCUUAUAAGUACCUCAUUAAUAAUGUAGAUUUGUCCGAUAGAGAGAUUAAUACGUUCCCGAGACCAACGGAGGAUCAGGAACUUGGUAUACUCAGACAUUUGGCUUCGCAGCGCAGUUACAAUCCUUUAAAAGUUCCCGAAGAUUUUUUGAAGCCGUCGUGCGAGGUUAAGUAUGAAGAUGAGAAUUUGGAUAAUGCUUAAAAAGUAUAAUAACUUCAAUUUUGCAUUUUUAAUAUAACCCGCUUGUGUAGUCGACAAGAUUUCAAGUUAGAUUCCCGGGUUGGAAAGAGAAGGAAUAGAGAGCUUGUGCUUGCUAAUGCUUGUGCACCAUAAUAUGUCUUGAUCUUAUAUAAGAGAUCAAGACAGAGGAAAAGGAGAGACAGGUUGAAGUGGCCUAAUGGAUAAAGAACCAACCUCUCGAGUAUGAGGGCGCGGGUUCGAUACCAGUUCAGGCAAGUAUCAAUGCAACAAGUUUGUAUGUACUUUCUAAGUCUAUCUUUUACACCAAUGGCAGAUAAAAAGGUGAAGGAAAACAUCUUGAGGAAACCUGGACUAUACAGACUUAAAUUACCAACCCGCAUUGAGCAAGCGUGGUGAUUAAUGCUCAAUCCUUCUCCGUGUGUGAGGAGGCCGCAGCCCAGCAGUGGGACGAUAAAAAGGCUGUAGCAGUAACAUAUUAUUGUAGAGUUUACGCUAGCACUUUGUAGCUCCAAGUUACCGUUUGUCAUACAUAAAACCAAAGAAAUGAUAAUGAGAUUGUGUGAAAGUCGAUAUGGCUAGAAAGAAUGUUACUUGUGAGAUGAUGGCAGAUAGAAGAAUAUGGAAGGAGAAUGACAUGCUGCAACAACCACAAAUAAAGUUGGGAUAAGGGCAGGAGGAUGAUGAUGAUGACAUAGGAAUACCUUACUAGACUUUAAGUAUUUAAACAUG